AUGGCCAACGGAGCGGCUGUCCCCGGUGAGAGCGCGGAUCAUGCCCUGAUCGACGCAGGAGUUGUGGGCUACCGGAUGUUGCUGCCGGCACUGCCGAAGGGCAAGCGACUUGAAACUACUGUCUUCCUCCACGGAGAUCCCAGAGGACGACCAUACCGGACACAGGACUUUGCGGAGGCGCUGGAGGCAACCGUCGGUAUGGGGCACGUGGUUGGACUGGGCGUUUUCCAGUUUAACCACGUGUUCGUGUGCAUGCUGGAUACAACUGACAUGAAGGACACAUUGGCGGCAAUGAAGGAGCUGAAAGUCAAAGGCAAACGCUGCGUGGUCGUGGACCCCAACGUCGUGGAGGCCGAAAUCAGGGUCUACUGGCUCCCGGCUUAUGUCACAGACGAGGAAGUGCGGGCCGCCCUCAAGGAGUUUAGGAAUGUGACCCAAGUGACAAGAGAGAAACGGAAGUCGUCGGACGGCGGUUACGAAAUCGAGACCACAACGCGAGGCGUCAGGAUCAUCCUCAAAGAAGGGCUCCGCAAGGAGGAGCUCCCGCAUCAGGGCGCCAUCGCUGGAUAUCCCGUGCUCGUCUCCGUACCCGGACGACCACCGAUGUGCCUCCGCUGCAACCAGUUGGGGCACAUGCGGAGGCAAUGCAGGGCUCCCUGGUGCCGGCGGUGUCGAGGCUACAGCCACAUCGAGGCGGAGUGCGUCCCCACGUACGCCGCCAAAACCAGGCACCAACCGGAGAGUGUUCAACGGAACGGGCUGCUUGACGACGGCGACACGCUGGAAAACAAAGCCAGCAGGGUGACGGCGGCUCAACCAACACCGCAAGCCCUGACCACGUCCAACAACAUGGACACAGCGGAUACAAAGGCACCUAACAACGGAGCUACAGAGGACACCGAGAUCGGCCGCCUCCCCGAGGUCGAGGAACAGACCACCGUACCGCCGGGGGAGGCCAACGCAGCACCAUCCGAACCCGCACUCACGCCAACGGCAGAACCGGCGCUUCCGACCCCACUGCCAGCGCCGACGGCCGCUCCGGUGAAGGGUCCCCUGCCGGAGCCCGAUGCAGGUGUUCCUCUCAAGGACACCAAAGCCACGCGUCAGAGCGUACGGAAUAGGAAGAACAGGGAACUUGCUCCCACUUUGCCAGUGAUGCGUCCUGUGGAAGCGGGUCGUUCGUCGCCAAGCGCGUUGUAA